UUAUUUUUAGAUUAAAAGAAAACGCCAGCAAAACAAAAGGGCAAAAAACGAAGAGAGAGAGAGAGAGAUCUGCGAAAGAGAUCCAUCGCAGAGAUCCCCGGCCAUCCUCUAAAUUCAAUCACUUUUUCCGUAAUUCAUUUGUUUUUUUUGAUUCGUUUAUCCAAUUCGGCAUUCUUCUCCUUUGAUUCUUUGUGUUCAUUUGUUUUUGAGUUCCAAUUUGGGAUUUAAUUCGUAGCUCGGUGAUCGAGGGAUUAGGGCUUGGCUACGAGUGGUUGCAUGGCUUCCGUGCAGGUGCUUCCCAGUUCGCGGAAGCUAGGGCAUCUGGAAGCUGGGAAGAAACGGUUGGAGGAGUUUCGCAAGAAGAAGGCUGAGGGUAGAGCUAAGAAGGUUGCAUCUACUGGCCAAUUACAAUCAGCUGAUGUGGAACAGUUUGGGAAGCUCUCACAAAAGCAUGAACAUGCUACAGAUGAAACUAUUUCAGAAAGAGAUGAUUUUGGUGUUACCGAUUCUUCAGGAUUUCUCAAGGCACAGGAAGAUAUAGCGGUUAGUUCUACCCAUGGAGCUAAUACUGGAUCCUCAACUGGGGAACAUGCUAACCCUAGUGUCUGGGUUGACAGCAAUCAUUUUUCGCAUGAUAAUUUAAGACAAGAGUCCCAUAAAGACGAGUUAUCUACAUUGGACGAAAACUCAGGCUUCCCACAGCCAAAUUUGAGUCGAUAUGAAAAUUGGAGAGGUGUCAAUGGUGAACUUAGCAGCAAUGAAGAAUUAAAAUUUAGGUCAAGCGGUGGCACAGAAUCACUUUAUGCCAUUAAUCCAUUUCAUGCAAAACCAGAUGUUGAACGGAACAACCAUAUCCCAAGUUUUUCCCCAUUUGUUGAUGUUCAUUCAGAAGAAAAUAAAAUUAAUUCUAAGUUUAACAGCGAAUAUCCUGAUGCAUCUGGGUAUAAUCUUAAGAGCACUCUGUCUGGAAAAUCAGCAAGCUUUCUUGACCAGAAUAGGUUGGGGAUAACCACUACUUCGGUCAAUUCUUCUUCAACCUUUGAAGAGUCAUCUACUGGAUUGGGGCUUCAAAGUACUGGCAACUUGAACCAAGGCUAUUUCACGGAUAAUAGAAGAGGGAGAUCAAUUGCUGAUUCCAUUAAUCGCCACCUUAAUGUUGAUCAUGGUGCUUGGCGUGCUUCAGAACCUUCAUCUGCAGAUAUUGAUCUGUCCUCACGGAACUCCCAUGGACAACAUUUGUUUCCUUAUGUGAGUUCUGGAACUAUUGGUGGCCGAUCACGUCCAUCAUUUCUUGAUGCUCUUGGUGUGCCAAGAGCUUCUUCUACAGCUUUUGCUGCAUCGUCCACACCCGAGAAAUCUAAUCCACCAAUGCUAUUAGGAGGAUCAAAUUUCCUGGGCACAGAGGUUCAGUCAUCACCUUCUAAUCAGAUUUUAGCAGAAGAAGCUAAUGCUGUUGAUCAUUCUUUAAAUUUGGAAAGUCAAGGUAGUAGAGAAAAGGAGUUCCCCAUCAAUCCUUCCAAUUCUCUGAACAAUGGGCUGAUUGCUGCACUGGAAGGAAGGGAUCACGAUGCACAGGGGCAAGGCCAUCAGGAGUUCCUAUCUACCAAAAAGGACGAGGGUUUUGCAGCCCUGGAGCAGCACAUUGAAGAUUUGACACAAGAGAAGUUUUCAUUACAACGAGCUCUUGAAAAAUCCCAGGCAUUAGCAGAAUCCUUGGCUGCUGAGAAUUCUUCACUGACUGAUAGCUAUAACCAACAGGGAGAAGUUGUAAAUCAGUUAAAAUCUGACAUGGAUAGCUUGCAGGAGGAAAUCAAGGCUCAGCAGCUGGCCUUUGAGUCUGUUAAAAUGGAGUAUGUAAAUGCACAAAUGGAAUGCAAUGCCUCUGAUGAACGAGCAAAGAUACUUGCAUCAGAAGUCAUUGGUUUGGAAGAGAAGGCCUUGAGAUUAAGAUCAAAUGAGUUAAAGCUGGAAAAGCAAUCGGAGAGCCUGAAUUAUGAAAUUUCUUCAUACAAGCGUAAAGUGUCUAUUCUAGAGAAAGAGCGCCAAGAUUUUCAGUCCACUGUAGAUGCUUUGCAAGAAGAGAAGAAACUCUUGCAAUCUAAACUUCGGAAAGUGUCUGACUUAAAUAUCAUUGAUUCUAAGAAGGCUUCACCUCUUAAAAGAGAUGCAGCAACCGUCACUGAUGAGGAAUUUGGAUUCAGUGCCAUGAAUGUGAGAGGACCUUCUGUGCUUCUACCAAACGAUGCUUCUACUUCUUCAUUGACUGAUGAUAUAGGAGUUAAUGAUUCAGAUGCUUCUAAUAUUAUUCCACAUGAUCAACUUAGAAUGAUUGACAACAUAAAUUCUUUAAUAUCAGAGUUAGCACUGGAAAAAGAAGAACUAAUGCGAGCAUUGAAAACUGAGACGCAUAAUAACUCCAAGCUGAAGGAUUUGAACAAGGAUCUUUCCCAAAAGCUUGAGGUUCAGACACAGAGAUUAGAGCUCUUGACAGCUCAGAGAAUGGCCAAUGAGAAUGUCCAGGCAAAGCCUUCGGAUGUUCACAGUAUGAACGAUUCCAUAGGCUAUGCUGAUGAAGGAGAUGAGGUAGUCGAGCGGGUUUUGGGGUGGAUAAUGAAGCUCUUCCCUGGUGGCCCAGCAAAACGUCGCACCAGCAAGCUACUUUAAUGGUAAUUGGGAGAUCAAAA